CGUCCACGCUGACAAGAUGUUCAGCCCACCCGCUCCUCCCGCCCCAGGAUACUCGUAUGGCGCCCCGGACCUCAGGGCCGACGCCUCCACUCUCGACCAGCAGGAACAGGACCCCAUCGCCGCCCUGGCCGCCAACAUCCCCGGCGGAGGCGUCCCUGGCGAGGACUACCCCAUCCUGGCCUCCGUCUCCGACACCGGCUUCUCCUGCGAGGAACAGCAGUUCCCAGGCUACUACGCUGACACCGCCCCCGAGGCCGGCUGCCAAGUGUUCCACAUCUGCCAGUUCGACGGGCGCCAGGACGCCUUCCUGUGCCCCAACGGCACCCUCUUCAACCAGCAGUACUUCGUGUGCGAUUGGUGGUUCAACGUGGACUGCGCCGCGUCCGAACAGUUCCGAAGUCUCAACGCUGACAUCUAUGGCGCUCCUGAGGCACCUCUUACAGUCCCUUCCCAACUUUACAACAGUCCCAACAGAUUCUAA